UGGCAGCAGGGCUCAGGUGAGCUAACUGGCUCUUUCGGUUCUGAAAGGCAUUGCCUCGACACCCAGCUUUUCAGCUCGACUCUUUAAAUCUCUUUUGCUGUCGCUUUUCCCAGAAUCACUGCAGAGCAAGACUCACAAUGGAUGCUCUACGACUGGCAAAUUCAGCUUUUGCAGUUGAUCUUUUCAAACAGCUGUGUGACAAAGGAACGACAGACAAUGUCCUUUUUUCUCCAAUAUGUCUUUCUACUUCUCUGUCCCUGGCUCAAGUGGGCACCAAAGGUGACACAGCAAAUGAAAUUGGAAAGGUCCUUCACUUUGAAAAUGUCAAAGAGGUGCCUUUUGGGUUUCAAACAGUGACCUCUGAUGUAAACAAACUUAGUUCUUUCUACUCUUUGAAGCUCAUCAAAAGACUCUACAUAGAUAAAUCUCUAAACCCGUGUACGGAAUUUAUUAGUGCCACCAAAAGGCCCUAUGCAAAUGAAAUGGAAACAGUUGAUUUUAAGGAUAAACUGGAAGACACUAGAGGCCAGAUUAACAAAUCAAUUAAAGACCUUACCGAUGGUCAUUUUGAGAACAUCUUGACUGAGGACAAUGUAAAUGAUCAAACCAAGAUCCUUGUGGUAAAUGCAGCCUACUUUAUAGGAAAAUGGAUGAAGAAAUUUCCUGAAUCUGAAACAAAAGAAUGUCCAUUUAGAAUCAACAAGACAGACACCAAACCAGUGCAGAUGAUGCAUAUAGAAGCUACAUUUUGUAUGGGCAACAUCAAAGAUAUAAACUGCAAGAUCAUAGAACUUCCCUUUCAAAAUAAGCACCUGAGCAUGCUCAUUAUACUACCAAAAGAUGUGGAGGAUGAUUCAACUGGAUUGGAAAAGAUCGAAAAAGACCUCAGCCUUGAGACUCUGCAGGAGUGGACCAACCCCAGUACAAUGGCCAGCACCAAAGUGAAACUUUCAAUUCCCAAAUUUAAGGUGGAAAAAAUUGUUGACCCUAAAACAGUUCUGGAGAGCCUUGGAAUGAAAAAUGUCUUUGAUGAAAGUACAAGUGAUUUUUCAGGGCUGUCAGAGACUAAGGGAGUGGCUUUGUCUAAUGUUAUCCACAGAACCUGUCUGGAAAUAACAGAAGAUGGUGGUGAUUCUAUAGAGGUACCAGGAUCUCGAAUCCUGCAACAUAAAGAUGAAUUCAAUGCUGACCACCCAUUUAUUUAUAUCAUCAGACACAACAAAACACGUAAUAUCAUUUUCUUUGGAAAAUUCUGUUCUCCUUAACACAGUCUCUAAUCAACCAUCUGACUUCUCUAUAGGUGCAGGUUUCUAGAAACUUUGUACCCACAGAAUUACUUUCUAAUUAUGGUAUAUUAUUAAUAUUUUUGGAUUAGGGAGCAAUAAAUACUUUUCAUAUGCAGAUAUCACAUAGAAUAGCCCUCUUUUAAAAGUUAUUUUUAUUUUACUCUUUUCUCAAAAAAAGAGAAUAAUGUGAAUUUUUUAACAAAAAAAAAUUUGUUAUGCAGAUUUAAUAUUUAUUUGGUAAUUGUUUGUUUGGGGACUACUCUCAAACAUCUCCAGAGGAGGAGCUUCUGCCUUUAGCCAUUCAGGUGUAGCAAAUUCUGGUAAGGCUAGCUCUAGGUGCAGGUUCAGAUGAAGUGAAAGAUUUGGUAUGUGACUGAAGUUAGUCUCGAGGGCAAUGCAAGGGUUGGCUGGACUGAGAAUACAGGAGUCUGUGUCAGACUUCAGAAGCCAUACCAAAUUGGAUCUGGACAGAUUUUUCAUUUGGUCCAGUUUUGCUUAGUGCUUCUAGCUAGAGUGUAAAGUAGUCUAUUGUUAAGGAUGGAGGUACACUGUAAACCCCGCUAGAAAGGUCAGAUCUAUUCAGGCAGUGAACUCUUUCUUGGUGUAUCUGCUUGGUAUUGUGCCCACUAGAAGGUAGCAGUAGUUUCCAACUCACAAAUAAAAAAGUUUUGGACGCCAGAUGUUGGGUGCCUCCAAUGCUUAUAAAUUCUUGCAAUUUGAAAUGAAAAGACCUUUGAGCUUGGGAGGAAGAAUGUUAGAGGAAUGGAUUCUUGUGACAUGGUGGUGGGAGAAGAAUGGGAAUUUGUUAGGUUUUUGUAAAAUAAAACUCAAAUCAGUAAAGGGCUCUUGACCUUUUUAUAAUUUUUCUAGUUUGGGGAUUGAUUAAAUGAAGGGGUAGUUGGGAUUCGGAGUCAAUGGGCAUUUGCAAAACCCAUUUGUACUCACACAACAUUGAUUUCAUCUUUUAAUUCUACACAAAAGGAAUAUGAUUCCUUAAUUAAUGGGUAACUUUGUGACUGGGAUCCUCUGUUGAGUGCCUAUAAAUUGGUUUCAUUUCCAUCUCUAUUUUUUUUUGCUGCAUGUGUUUGAUAUUGAGUUCACCUUUUCCUGUUCAGAAUAAAGUAUUAAGUUAAAUGUCCAUAGCUUUCUUUCUGUUAUGCAUGCCAUUUUCUGAGGACACAAUUAUUCUGCAAUAUCUACAUGAUAUUCUGUUUUUAUAUGUCAUAGUCAAGCCUUAAUGAAGGAGAAAAAUAUAUAGGAAUAUCAAAGAUGAAGGGUCAGAGAAGUCCAAUCUGCUAAACUUACAUAUGAUUAAAUUUUUGAAGUCCAAAACAGCAUUUGAUAGAGUUGGAAGGAACUUUGGUGACCACGAAGUCCAAUCCAUACAUAAAAAGAAUCUUUAUGUGACAGGUUCUAGCUCCAAUUGCUAAGAAGUUUUUUUUCCUCACAGCGCUCUAAAGAGUCUGCAACUUUUAGGGAUUGUUCUUACUUCUGCCCUCUGGGGCCAGAUAGAACAAAUCUAAGCCUUUCUCCACUUGACAGUCCUUUGGAUACUCAAAGACAACUACCAUGUUUCCCCUGCAUUUUUUUCCCACAAGUCAAACUACUCCACUUUCUUCACCAAUUUCUCCAAUGCUAAGGAUUCCAGGCCUUUCCCUAUUUUGGAUGCCUACCAAAUGUCAGAUCUUUCUUCCUUUCCUUACUCAUGCUCUUUAUCCAUUCCCCUAAACCUUCCUCAUUUCCACUUCCCCAUCUCCAUUCCUUUUUUAAAACUCAUCAUAAAGAGGGAAAAGAAGGAAACAAAAUAAGAUAUUCUGCAAUGUUUUCACCUACCAAGAUGUGAUGGAAUGAAACAAAAAGGCCUGCAAAGGAGUGCUGGAGCCCCCUUCUCCCUCAGGCUCUGGAUAAUAGACUGUUUUCUUUGUUAUGAUAAAUUGUAUUUCACUUUUCAAGAAUACUUUUUCUUAUUGAGCAUGUGUUUUUGCAGCAUCUUAUGCAGUUGUUUGAAGUAAAUUAUGGUGAUCUUAGACA